AGCAAAGAAUUUAUAAAUGCCAAGCGAGAAAAAUAAUGGCAAGAGGACCUGUGCAACGCCGCACAACUUGCAGCUCUUCCGUUAUAUAAGGAGCCACCAUGGCCGCCUCAGUACAAACACCUUGUGUUCUCUCAGCUCUAGUGUCGACCCUCGCCAAGAACCAGCCACCGCCGCUGCCUCCCGGCCUCCGCUUCCAAGUCUCGAGGUGUCCGGCGUCGACGGUAGCAGCAGCAACAUGAAGCGCCUCCUCAGACGGCUCUCCCGCGUGGCCGCGGCCGACGCAUGCGCCGCCGCCGCGUACCAGCCGCUCCGGCCCGACGUGGCCGCGAAGGCCUCCUCCACGGCCGCUUCCUCGUCGUCCUCGUUCUUCGGCGCGCGAAGGCUCGGCCGCGGCGCGCGGGUGCCGGAAGGGCACGUGCCGGUGUGCGUCGGCGAGGAGGGCGGCCACGUGGAGCGCUUCGCCGUGCGGGCCGAGCUGCUGGGCCAGCCGGCGUUCAAGGCCCUGCUUCGGCGCGCCGCGCAGGAGUACGGCUACGGCCACCCGGGCGCGCUCCGCAUCCCCUGCGCCGUCGCAAACUUCCGCCGCGUCCUCCUCGGCCUCUCCGACCCCGGCUGCCAAGCCACCGACGACGACGAUGCCGCGCUCUACUACUAGCAUCGCCCUUCCCCGUUUCACUCUCCUCGUUCGGCUGCCAUGGAGGGCGUGAUUGGAAAUUUGCCCACUGGCGAAGGCAAAUCGGUGAACCAGCAGAGCCAAUUGCCAGCUGCUGCGUUCUGACCGAUCUGCCCCUGCGUGGAUGAUGUGCAUAGGAAGGUUGGUGGAGGGUAGGACGGGGAUUCCGCCGCAUUUUCUACUGCGGCUCAACAAUUUUAGGACCUGCUGUCUUGUGGGAAUUCUUCUUCUUCUUCUGAGUGUUCUUGUAGCUAGCUCUAGAUCAAGCUCUCGUAGCUGCAUGAAGCCUCUUCUUACUCUUUUUUGCUAGGGAUUUUGAGGUCUUGAUAACACAUCAUGUAAGCCGCAAGGCUGUGAAAUGGAUGAUUUUGUAGUGCAAAAGUUUGGUCCAUAUACACUGUGAAGAGAGUUUCGUCCA